AUGAGUGGCCCUGCCCCAGUGGGCGCCGGCGCCGGCGGCGAGCGGCCGAUGAGCAUCCGCGGCAUGUUCCGGUUCGCGGACCGGGUGGACGUCCUGCUCAUGGCCCUGGGCACGCUGGGGGCCAUCGGCGACGGGUGCUCCACCAACCUGCUGCUCAUCUUCGCCAGCGACGUGAUGAACGCGCUCGGGUACGGGGGCGCCCAGGCCAGCGGCGGCGGCGGCGGCGCUAAGAGCGCGCAGUUCAUGCACGAGGUGGAGAAGUCGUGCCUGAAUUUCGUCUACCUGGCGUUCGUGGUCCUGGCGGUGGCGUUCAUGGAAGGGUACUGCUGGAGCCGGACGAGCGAACGGCAGGUGCUGCGGAUCCGGUACCUGUACCUGCAGGCCAUCCUGCGGCAGGAAGCGGGCUUCUUCGACUCGCAGGAGGCCACCACCUCGGAGAUCAUAAACAGCAUCUCCAAGGACGCCUCCCACAUCCAGGAGGUCCUCAGCGAGAAGGUCCCUCUAUUUCUGAUGCACUCUACGGUCUUCGUCUCCGGACUAGUCUUCGCCACUUAUUUCUGCUGGAGGCUGGCUCUGGUUUCUUUUCCUCUGGUCCUGCUUCUCAUAAUCCCGGGGCUCAUCUACGGCAAGUACCUUCUCUACCUAUCGCGCCAGUCACGCCAUGAGUACGCCAAGGCGAAUUCCCUGGUCGAGCAGGCUCUGGGCUCUAUCAAGACCGUUUACUCCUUCACAGCCGAGAAAAGGAUCAUCCAGAGGUACACAGCGAUCCUUGACAAGACGAUCAAGCUGGGGAUCAAACAAGGCAUUGCAAAGGGUCUUGCUGUUGGGUUCACCGGCCUUUCUUUCGCCAUUUGGGCCUUUCUCGCAUGGUAUGGCGGCAGAUUGGUGAUGUUCCAUCAUGUAAGUGGUGGAAGGAUAUAUGCUGCUGGGAUUUCAUUCGUCUUGGGUGGCCUAUCCCUUGGAAUGGCACUCCCUGAGCUGAAACAUUUCACCGAGGCAUCUGUUGCUGCAACAAGAAUCCUUGAUCGGAUAAACCGUGUUCCCCAGAUUAAUGCUGAUGACCCAAAAGGCCUUAUUUUGGACCAAAUUCGGGGAGAGCUCGAAUUUGAAUCUGUCUGUUUCGUGUACCCAUCAAGACCAAAUAUGCCAGUCCUCAAAAACUUCAACCUCCAGAUUCCUGCUGGGCAAACUAUUGCUUUGGUUGGGUCCAGUGGCAGCGGCAAGUCAACAGCAAUAGCUUUAGUGCAGCGCUUCUAUGAUGCCAGUGAAGGAACUGUCAAAAUUGAUGGUUUUGACAUCAAAGAACUCCAGCUCAAAUGGAUCAGGAGCAAAAUGGGACUAGUCAGCCAAGAUCAUGCACUGUUUGGUACUUCCAUAAAAGAGAACAUCUUGUUUGGCAAACCAGAUGCGACCAUGGAUGAGGUUUAUGCAGCAGCCAUGACAGCAAAUGCUCACAACUUCAUAAGGGGGCUUCCAGAGGAAUAUGAGACUAAGAUUGGUGAGCGUGGAGCAUUGUUAUCAGGUGGCCAAAAGCAGCGUAUUGCCAUUGCUAGGGCAAUAAUUAAGAACCCUGCUGUACUCUUGCUCGAUGAAGCCACAAGUGCACUUGAUUCAGAAUCAGAAAAGUUGGUACAGCAUGCACUUGAUCAAGCAUCUAUGGGACGAACAACACUGGUAGUAGCUCAUAAGCUCUCAACCGUGAAGAACGCUGAUCAGAUUGCAGUAGUUGAUGGGGGUACAAUAGCUGAAAUUGGUACACAUGAUGAACUGAUCAGCAAGGGUGGCCCGUACUCGAGACUUGUGAAAUUGCAGAAGAUGGUAAGCUACAUCGAUCAAGAAAAUGAACAAUUUAGGGCUUCCUCAGUGGCCAGGACAAGUACGAGCCGUCACAGCAUGUCCAGAGCAAGUCCAAUGCCACUAACACCAGCUAUCUUAACGGAAAAUAAUUCUGAUGUUCCUCCACCUGCACCAUCUUUCUCCAGGCUUCUUGCAAUGAACGCACCUGAGUGGAAGCAGGCAGUCGUAGGCAGUUUGUCUGCAUUAGUAUAUGGUUCCUUGCAGCCCAUCUAUGCCAUAACCAUCGGAGGAAUGAUUGCUGCAUUCUUUGUUCAUGACCAAAAUGAGAUGAAUGCAAUUAUCAGACGCUAUGCCUUGAUCUUCUGUUCACUGUCCUUGGUAUCCAUUGUUGUUAAUCUAUUGCAACACUACAAUUUUGCAUACAUGGGGGAGCAUCUUGUUAGGCGCAUCCGGGUCCAAGUACUUGAGAAGAUCUUAACCUUUGAAGCAGCAUGGUUUGAUGAAGAAACUAAUUCAAGCGGUGCAUUGUGCUCUCGGCUAAGCAAUGAGGCUUCUCUUGUCAAAACCCUUGUUGCAGACAGAAUAUCCUUACUGCUUCAAACAGCUUCCGGAAUUAUAAUUGCAGUGACAAUGGGCCUGAUGGUAGCUUGGAAACUUUCUCUUGUCAUGAUAGCUGUACAGCCAUCUACAAUGAUAUGCUAUUAUGCAAAAAAAAUGGUUCUCUCAAAUGUGUCAAGGGACUUGGCAAAGGCUCAGCAUCAAAGCACCCAGAUAGCCAUAGAAGCUGUUUACAACCACAGGAUGGUAACCUCCUUUGGAUGCUCAUCGAAGGUUCUUCAGCUAUUCGAGCAUGCACAAGAGGAACCCUUGAAAAAAGCAAGGAAGAAAUCAUGGGUAGCAGGGAUCACCACAGGGUUGUCACCUUGCCUCUCGUUCUUGUCAUGGGCACUGGACUUCUGGUAUGGAGGGAAGCUGGCACAGUCUGGGGAGAUAUCAGCGGGUGAUGUUUUCAAAACCUUUUUCGUGCUGGUGAGCACAGGAAAGCUGAUUGCUGAUGCUGGUAGCAUGACAUCUGACCUGGCAAAGGGAGCAAAUGCAGUUGCUUCAGUAUUUGAGGUGCUAGAUAGGAAAUCCAUCUCUCCAAAAAAUUCACAGGUGGAGAAGGAAGAUCAGAAGAAGAAAAUAGAAGGUAGAAUAGAAUUCAAGAAGGUAGAUUUUGCAUAUCCAACAAGACCAGAAUGCCUUAUCCUACAGGAUUUUAGCUUGGACGUGAAAGCAGGAACAAGUGUUGGCCUGGUUGGGCGAAGCGGUUGUGGUAAAUCAACUAUCAUAGGUUUGAUCCAGAGGUUCUAUGAUGUUGAUAGGGGGUCCGUAAGAAUUGAUGGUAUGGAUGUGAGGGAGAUGAAUAUUCUCUGGUUCCGAGGAUUUACAGCUCUUGUUAGUCAGGAGCCUGCAAUGUUUUCAGGCAGUGUCAGGGACAACAUUGCUUUUGGUAAACCAGAAGCUGAUGAAGAUGAGAUCGUGGAAGCUGCAAAAGCUGCAAACGCACAUGAGUUCAUCUCGAUGGAUACGAUACUGAUUGCGGAGAGCAUGUUUUCAGGCUCGUGCUGGUGGAGCUUCGUCAAAGCUGAUGGUAUACAGCUCUCAGGGGGGCAGAAGCAAAGAAUCGCAAUUGCAAGGGCAAUAAUCCGGAAUCCAGAAAUACUACUACUUGAUGAAGCAACAAGUGCGCUUGAUGCACAGUCAGAGCAAGUGGUGCAGGAAGCUCUUGAUCGGAUAAUGUCAGGGAGGACCACAAUUGUGGUGGCACAUCGACUAAACACAAUCAAGAAUGUAGACUCGAUUGCUUUCCUGGGAGAGGGUAAAGUGGUGGAGCGUGGCUCUUACCCGCAGCUCAUGAACAAGAAGGGGGCAUUCUACAACCUUGCAACUCUUCAGAAGUAA